GAGAUAGCGUCCUUAUUAAACAUGUUCAAACAUCUGUGUGGUCCAGAUAAGAAGAAGCUAGAUAGACCAACUUUUAGAGAUGUUUUAAUCACCCGUUUUAAAAUUACAGAUGAUUUUCUGAUGGAUAGAGUAUUUAAAGCGUUUGAUACAGAUAAUGACAGUUAUUUAAAAGCUGAAGAAUGGGUUCGAGGUUUAUCAAUAUUUUUAAAAGGGGAAGUAGAAGACCUUAUUAAAUAUUGUUUUAUUGUGUAUGAUUUAAAUGGAGAUGGCUACAUAUCUAGAGAAGAAAUGUUUCACAUGUUAAAGCCAUGUGUUGUUAAGCAAUCAUCUGAAGAAGACCCAGAUGAAGGUGUAAAAGAAUUAGUAGAAAUUGCUUUGAAAAAAUUUGAUUUAGAUCAUGAUGGCCGAUGUUCUGUAGCUGAUUUCCGGGGAGCUGUGCAUACAGAAUCUUUAUUAUUGGAGGGUCUGGGUCACUGUUUACCUAGUGAUACUGUAAGUAUACCAUAA